AAAUAACAACAGCUCUGAACACGUAUGUUUGGUCGAAAAAGUAGCGGCGUUGCGUCUAACAAUAAGUUAAGUUUCGAGGGUCUGGAUGACCGCCAUGUUACGAUAUACAAAUGAAAUCCAAGUAGUUUGGAAGGGAGGCCGCGUGUGCGCAGUGAAAAGGCUGUUCGAGAAGCGGCGUUCGGAAUUAGAGUGCAUGCCGCGAGGUUCGUUCUGAAAAGCUCGUAUAUCAAACUUCUGUUCCAGGUAACCAAACCGUGUGUAAUCGUAAUUUCGAGAUAAUGACUAUAAGAUGCUGGUCAAAUAUCUUCCAUUGAUCUUCCUCCCCUGCGUUCUGGGAUUCCCUAGGAAAGUCCACAUAGGAGGGUUAUUCGACGAUGACGCCGGAAUUCGACGUACCUUCGAAACUUCCAUAAAGGCGGUGAACAAAGAUCGACACGUGAACGAGGAAUUUUUAAACGUGUUCCUCAUAGCAGAAUCGAACGAGGUUGGGACAGAUCCGUUCGAGGUGUCGCAGAAAGUAUGCGAAUUGAUGGGCACGGGGGUGGCCGCCAUUUUCGGUCCGUUAAAUAGGUUCACCUCGGAACAUGUGCAGAGUAUAUGCGACACCAAGGAAAUACCGCAUAUUUAUGGUAGAUGGGAACCUUCUCAACCUCGUGGCAAAGGGAUAAAUUUAUUCCCACAUGCUGACACACUCGCCAUGAUAUUCGAUCAAAUCAUAAUCGAUUUCGAGUGGAAGAUUUUCGCGAUACUGUACGAGGGAACGGAUAGUUUGAUCCGUAGUCAUCGAUUGUUGGAGAUUAAGGAUCCAAAGAGACACGGGGCAUUUCUGUACCAUUUGGGGCCCGGACCAAACUACAGGAAAGUGAUGAAGGAGAUAAAAGACGCCGAGUUCGAGAAUAUAAUUAUCGAUUGUUCGAUCGACAUAUUGGAAGAAGUGUUGAAACAGGCGCAGCAAGUCGGCAUUAUGUCCGAGAAGAACAAAAUUAUAGUCACUUCCCUGGAUCUCCAAACGAUCGAUCUAGAACCGUACCAAUAUUCCGGGGUGAAUUUCACGGGGGUGCGUUUAAUCGAUCCCGACUCUCUCAACGUGUCGAGUAUCGUGAAGAUGCACGAAGCGGAAUGGGGUUUGGACAAUCCCCGUCAAUUAAGGGUCGAACACGCGCUUAUGUACGACGCCGUGCAACUUUUCGCCAGGGCUUUUAAACAGUUGAAGGACAGCAUCGAGGGUGACGUGAAGAGAUUGCCCUGUAACGACACCAUUAACUGGGAGCACGGUUACAGUCUGAGUAAUUUUAUGAGAGUGACUGAGAUGGAAGGUUUGACGGGUUUGAUCAAAUUCGACACGGCUGGCUUUCGCACCAAUUUCCAAUUGGACGUCAUAAGGGUGACGGAGAACGGUGUGAAGAAGAUCGGGAUAUGGAAGAGCACGAAUGCUUCUAAAUGGAGCGUGGAAUGGCUAUUGGAAUCUCAACCUCCGAAAUACGACACCGAGUUGAGCUUGCAGAAUAAAACUUUUAUCAUUCUAAUUGCGAUCAAUCAUCCCUAUGGAAUGUUGAAGAAGUCGGCCGACAUGAUGACUGGGAAUGAUCGCUACGAGGGAUUCGGCAUCGACGUUAUUCAAGAGCUGAGCAAAAUGUUGGGUUUCAAUUACACGUUCGAGGUGCAGGCGGACAAUGUGUACGGGUCAUAUUCUAAGAAGACGAAGAAAUGGACGGGGAUGCUCGGGAAAAUAAUAGCCGGUGAGGCUGAUCUGGCGAUUACGGAUCUAACCAUAACGUCCGAGAGAGAAGGGGCUGUGGACUUCACCAUGCCUUUCAUGAAUUUAGGAAUAAGCAUUUUAUACAGAAAACCGACGAAAACACCGCCAAGUUUGUUCUCCUUCCUUUCCCCAUUUUCGGCCGGAGUUUGGUGGUACUUGAUCGGAGCUUAUAUAUUUGUAUCCGUGGUGCUAUUCAUUAUCGGCAGGAUAUGCCCGGCUGAGUGGAACAAUCCGUAUCCUUGCAUCGAAGAGCCCGAGGUGCUCGAGAAUCAAUUCACAUUUAAGAAUUCUCUUUGGUUCACCAUCGGUAGUAUUAUGCAGCAAGGUUCCGAGAUUGCGCCCAUAGGAUUGUCGACAAGAAUGAUGGCCGCUUCCUGGUGGUUCUUCUGCCUCAUCAUGGUCUCAUCCUACACUGCCAACUUGGCCGCUUUCUUGACAGUGGAAACGGUGGUGUCACCAUUUUCGAACGUGGAAGAAUUAGCCAAAAAGAAGACUAUUAAAUACGGCGCCAAAAUAGGAGGAUCUACGUUCAUGUUCUUCAAAAAUUAUGCCCAUUCCAAGGAUUCCAACUACUCGACGUACAAGGAGAUGUACGAAUACAUGAUCGAGAACGCGGCGGACGUACUUCCUCCGGACAAUGACGCCGGAUUGACGAAGGUGCUCAGAGAGGAUUACGCGUUUUUGAUGGAGUCGAGCUCGAUAGAGUACAUCGUUGAACGAUACUGCAACGUGACGCAGAUCGGUGGACUUCUCGAUGCCAAGGGUUAUGGAAUUGCUAUGAAGAAACACUCGCCGUAUCGCCACUCGUUGAACACUGCCGUAUUGAAGCUGCAGCAAAGCGGUCUGAUCACGGAACUGAAGAAGAAAUGGUGGACGCAGAAACGCGGGGGUGGAACGUGUCGAGAGGACGGUAGUCAGAGCCAAGCGGAGGAACUGGAUCUCGAUAAUGUGGGUGGUGUGUUCCUAGUAUUGACCGUAGGCGUUGCCGCCUCCUUCUUUUACACUAUAUGCGAAUUACUGUGGGACGUUGGAUGCACAUCUCUACGUGAAAACGUUUCCUUCAAGGAGGAAUUGAUGGCCGAGGUGAAGUUCAUUAUAAAAUGUGACAAUUCGCCUAAACCUGUAAGAAGGAGGAAAGGAUCGUCGAAUCGAAGCGGGGAGGACAGUACAAGGGGUUGCACGCCACCGUAUGGAUUUAUACCAGUAAUUAGAACGUCUGAUUCCGAUGACAAAUAAAUUAAAAACGGUAUACUUAUCAGAGGAGAAAUCAAUUUAU